AAACGUUUCGGAAAGAGUCAAAAUUUUCUUGUAAUCAAAAUUAUUGGUUUCCAUAUAUUUUAUAAAUAUGAGUUUUAAGUCAAAAUUUUUUGCAAAAAUAGUCAGGGCAGUUGCGGGUUUCCAGCAGACACGGAUACCGCAGGUGAUUGCAGAUAAAAAGACACAAGAGACAGCAAUAAGUACCAAUGUUAGUUCUAGUUCAUCGCACAUCCAAGAAAAGGAAGCUCAAAAUGGUGAUAACGAACUUGUGCCGGAAAGCUCUAACAACAUGACCAAUUUAAAGAGUCGAAGUUCUCGGAGUGUCACUAUGACUAAUAUAAAAUCGCAAACAGAAAUCGCAAACAGGUCACCCAAAUCUUCAGAUCAAGAAACAGGAAUUCCAACCAUUUAUAUGAAAAUGUUGAAAGAUAAUUAUACUGAGUUUAAUGAGCAUUUUAAAAACUUGGAACAAAAGAAAGUAAAAACAGCACGUGAAAUAGUCGAGCACAAAAAUCUUAAACGCCCUUGAGCGCGCCGUUCAUUUCAAGAUUUAAAAUCCAACUAUUUUGUAGUCAUUAGCAACAAUAGAAUUCGAGUUUGUAAACCAGUAGUUCACUGAAUCUAUUCAUCGAAUUUGAUUGAAUUUGAAAUAUGCAAAUAUUUCGGACUUACUUCCGAGAGAUAAUUCCAUCUCUUCGAUCUUUGAAAUUUGCAAUUUAGUUUCCAACCAAUUUCCAUCGAGUUUCUUGUGACAACGUUGUUGUGAUGAAAUGUCGGACAGUAGACAUUCUAAUACAUCAACAUGAUUUGCUUAAAGUCAUUGGUGAAAUUGCGGAUAUAGGAGCUGCGAUAAUUCUACGCAACUUAAUCAAUUAAUCCAUGAAAAUCAACCGUAGUAUUAAUAGACAUUCGUAUUUUCAUAUAUAAUGCAAUGGUCUCCUCCAACUGCCACUCGUAUAUUGAUGUAGGUCAUAUAUCACGUUGUCGUGGUAUUCAUUACUGUGGUAUUCAUUCGAGGAUGAUUAUGUUGCUGUGGUAACACCAAAUAAUGUUCAAAAUUCUGUAAAUCAAUAUUGUAGUUAGUUGUAAAUAAUAAAGUAUUUUGACACAUAAACGUUUAGAUGAGAAAUUAGAAUAAAUGUCUUUCACUUCUCGACAUAUUCUUAGAUCAGGAACUAGUGUCGUCCUGAUCACUACAAAUUGCUAAAGGGCCGUAGCGGAACUUUACAGCGGCACUAGUACAGCAGUGGCUUUAGCGGUUUAUGUCAACAACAAAAGUCUUCUCAAACGUACAAUAGUUG